AUGAAGGUUUUCCCUUCCAUCCUUUUCGCCGGUUGCUGGGCACAAUGUCAAAAAGCUGAUUUCGCAAGUAUCGAUUGCUCCAAUUACAGUUUUCUGGUGACCAUUAAUCAGACUUGUUUUGAUUACCACUGGAAUAGAGGCAGCGAUUGGAAUGAGACGAUGGUUUUUGGAAGCUCAGGAGAGGCAAGCUGUGAAUUUAAUGUCGCUGAUCAAGGGUCGACUCCUAUGGAAAUCAAAUUUGAUGAAUGCACGGUAGCGCCAAAUUACCCUGAUUCAAAUGACAAGACGGUUAUUGACUUCAACCUUGCUGGUCAAAUCUUAGAGCACCUAAUUGGAAAUGAUGACAUUGAGAGUUAUUUUGAUUUCAACUUCAAAUGCGAGUUCCAGGGCGUGACAGAUCUCGAACAAAUGGCGCAAUUAUACGAUGCCGAUAAGCUGAAGGUGAACGAGUCAUUGACUUUGGAUAGUUCUAUGAUCCCGGCACCGAAUACCUUAACAUUGGAAUCAUCUGAUCGUUCUACAUGGUCUGUAAAUUGCGUUAAUUGUGACAAUGUGAAAGUUGGCGAUGUUUACGAAAUUCAAUGGAAUAACGUGUACGGUGGCGAUUUAAGCUUUCGAAUCGAAAAUAUUUGGAUUGGACCGAAUUCGGGGGAGAAAACAAUUCAUCUUGUAGAAAAUGGCUGCGUUAAAUCAAAUUUUUUUCUUACUGAUAUUGUGUAUUCUCAGGCGAGAAUACUUGAUUGGAGUGUUUUCAAAUUCAAAAGCUCAAAUUCUCUUUAUUUUACGUUUGACCUUGUUUUGUGCAACCCGAACGAAGAAAAUUAUUGUCUUGGAACGUCUGAUUGUCUGAAUGGAAUCGGAAAUCAGCAGCUUUUUGAAAAUUGGAUUAAUCAACAAGGGGCAUCAACAGCGACGACGACCACCACUACCACCACAACGACUACCAGUGGCGCAAGACGACGACGAUCAACUGACGAUGAAAAUAACACUCUAGAAAACACUCGAAAAAUAGUUGAAUACUCGGACCUAAGCGUUGAAGUUAACUUUCCGGAUGGAGCAAAUACAAAAGAAGAAAUUGUCGACGGCGAAACAAUCAUCCGCCUUUCAAAUGAAGCCCCAAAAGUGUUCGGAGCUUCCGGAGCUCAAGAAUUAUUCAAUUCGGCCUUUCUGGCCCUCGCUGCUAUCUACUUUCUGUAA